GUCCAGCCUGCCGGCGGGCCGAGCCUCGGCCCACGCGGCACCCGCCACCCCGGCACUCCACGAUACAGACCAGGAGGCGCAGUCAUGUCGAGGUCAGCAGUUUUCGCCGUGGCUUUAGUGGCCGUUGCGGUCGCCGCGGUUUCCGCGUUGCCAACCGAGAACGCGACUGCACCCGCCAAUAAGGUGGCCUCCGCCGCGGGGCCCGCCUCCCUGGACGUGGCGCCGCUCCCGGGGCACAUCAUGGUGCGGCCGCCGCCCCGCCAGGUGGAGGAGGCGAGCGCCGCGCCCGUGUCGCUGCCCGUGCGCCCCGCCAACCUGGGGCCGGGGCCGGCGCUGCCGCCGGGCACCGUCAAGUUCCCCAGCGAGCAGCCCCUGCAGCAGGCCGACGAGCGGCUGGACGCCGACCAGCAGGACGUGUGGAGCUGGGACAACCUCCGCGACGGCUGCGGCGACACCAAGAACUGCCUCGGCUUCCCGGAGAACUGCGAGUCGGACAGCAGCGCGCAGUGCACCGCCAUCGUCACGGUGCAGGUCCUGCCGCAGGACGAGCCGACCGCGCCGGGGGGCAAGAGCGACAUGUUCACCUUCAGGAUGAGGGCCUCGGACGCCAAGUGGGUCGCCGUCGGGCUGGGAGAGACCUCGAAAAUGCACGACACUAGCGUCAUCGAAUGUGUCGCAAACCCCGACGGCACGAUUGAAACCUACCUGUCCUACACGCCGCAAGCGAAUGAACGGAAAGACUGCAUACGCAUGACCAACCCGGGCGGUGCCAUCAAACUGAGGCAAAGCAGAUACAUGGACGCGGGCCUCUUCUGCGAGGUGUCGCGCGUCAACCAGUCGAGGCUCAUAAACAUAGAUUGGAACCUGGACGAGAAGCCCUUCUUCCUACAGCUCGCCUUGGGCACAAAAUUCAAGAAUAUUGGGGGCAUCGGCGGCCUGAUGCAGCACAACAAGGGCGCCGUGUCGGCGGCCAGCAGUGUGCGGCUGGACGCGUACCGGACGCUCGGCGCCGCCUCCAACUGGCCCAUGCGCCUGCACGGUGCGCUCAUGGUCCUGGCCUGGAUGUUCGCCGCCACGGCCGGCUCGCUCGCCGCGCGCUACUUCAAGGCGGCCUGGGGGAAGGCCACCAUCUGCGGCAAGGCCAUGUGGUUCGCGUGGCAUCGCCUGCUCAUGAUACUCACCGUGGUGCUGCACGUCGUUGCCAUCAUCGCGGCCCUGAUCUACCUGGAGGGCUGGUCGUCGUCCUCGGGCGUCCACGGCAUCCUGGGCGGCGUCACCACGGCGCUGGCGCUGCUGCAGGGAGCGGCCGGGCUCCUGCGCCCCAGCCCGGACCACAAGUACCGCCCCCUCUUCAACUGGGGGCAUCGUGUCCAGGGCUUCGCGACACACGUCAUUGCCAUCGUCACCAUCUUCUUCGCCGUCGGCCUUCCCUACGCGCGCCUUCCCUCGUACACCUACGCCAUCCUGGGCGUCUACGUCUUGUUCUACUUCAUCCUCCAUGGCGUGCACUCGCUAACUGAAGUGAAGAGCUACUACUUCAUUUUUGUCCUCUUUGGGUCUGCUGCAUUUGCCAUUACAAUGCUGAUCCUGGUAGUGAUUGGUCCAGCAUAAGGUCGCAUUAAGGGAGUUUCUAGACAUGGUCAACGCUGUUCACCCGUUUAAGCGGCCACCUACCAACAAAACACAUGCAACACAACUAGGUGGUAAUUAAAAGGCACCCACUCAAAUUUACUAUUAGUGAUAAAAAUUAAUAUUAUGAAUUACUAUAAGAUAGUGUACUUAAUAAACAACCCUUUUUAUAAAACUCUUUAUUAAUAACAUGACAAUAGG